CAUCCUUCGAACGAAAGUGAUUCUGCAGAAACAAUGUGUUUGUAACGUCCCAGACUAGUAAUGGUUAUAACCAUUAAAUGCCAUUAUAGUAUUUCAGAAAAAGAUGCUAUCGAGGGGAAAAUCCAUCCUAGUGCGUCCUCAGGAUGUCUGUGGAGGCAGCAACUGUAUCAACAUCGGCAAGCAGAUAGAGAGGUGGAAAACUCUAAAAGAACAAAUGAAUCUUGUAACUAACGAGGGUCUGGCUAAGUACCUCCUAGACACACAUAAUCUACACACCCAGCUGUGUGCUGAUCUCCAGGGGGAUCCACUGCUGCCCUCUGGUGACGAGGAGGAGGACAAGACAUUGGAGCUGGACACCAGAGGGCAGCAAAUGUCAUGUGGGAUUUCCAUUGAUCAGGACAUUGCUACCACUAAAGGACAGAAGUCAUCAGAUCAUCUUGCCAAUCAAGACACUAGUGAGACCAUAUACAUGUAUGUGCGUAUUUUUGAGCUUGAGGGCAGAAGCGAUGAAGAGCGAGCAUCCAUUCAAGGGCAGAAUGCAUUAGGGCAAGAUGAUCCUACAGAUUGCGACGCUAGUGACACCAGAUGUCAGCACAAAUCAAAUGAAGAAGAUCCUACCAAUGACAACACUUCUGUCACCAGGUGUCAGCACAAUUCAGGUGAAGAAGAUUCUACCAGUGAAGACAUAGCUGACACCAGAGGGCAGCCUACCACAGAUCAAGACAAUACCAAUAAUGUGAAAGUGAUUAACUCGAGGCCACAACUUCCUCAUUGUGAACAACAUGAAGACAAGACUGCCAAAGAUGUGAAGAGAAUUAUAAGGGACACACGUAAACGAAGCAUGAAAACUGGCAGCCAAAAUAAUGAUGGCCAAAAUAAACCCAACAACUGUAAGGAAAAAACUUCCAUUUGCUGCCAGACUUGCGGAAAGACUUGUAAGUCCUCUCCUUGGUUUAGAGAUUUGCAGGAAGUGUACCAGUGCAAGAAGUGCAAAAGAACAAAUAAAAAACAAAACAUAGACAUUGAUAAAGACAGUAGUUGUAAACCUAGACCAAAUAGGGUGUUUAUUUGCCAGCAUUGUGGCAAAGAAUUUUCUCGCUUAAACCGUUGUGUAACACAUGAAAAAAUUCACAGGGGAGAGAGACCAUAUACAUGUUUCUGUGGAAAGGGUUUUCCUAAUUCUUCAAAGCUUAAAAUGCAUGAAAUGAUUCACGUUAGCGAAAAACCUUUCAAGUGUCAAUUUUGUUGCAAAGCCUUCACAAAGAAAUUCGCCUGUGUUCAGCAUGAACGAGUUCACACUGGAGAGAAGCCAUAUAAGUGCAAGUUCUGUGAGAAAACUUUUGCCCAAUUACCAACCUGCAACAGACAUGAAAAGAUUCACACUGGAGAGCAGCCCUACAAAUGUGUGUUCUGUGGGAAAGCUUUUAUAGAAAAAAGUCACUGCAAAAACCAUGAAAGGAUUCACCGAGGAGAUAAAGUGUUUCAUUGUCAGUUCUGUGAAAAAUCUUUUAUAGAAAAAAGAACCAUGGUGAUUCAUGAAAGACUUCACACUGGAGAGAAACCAUACAAGUGUAAUUACUGUGAAGUGUUAUUUGCUCGUAGAGAUGCUUUAAACAGACAUGAAAGGGUGCACUUGGAAGAUAACACUUGAGGUUAUAUAGAAAAUUCAGGCUAAGUAAUACCCUGUAAUAAAUAUAAAUAAGCCUGAUUUGUUUUUGUUAUUUAUGCAUUGAUCUGUCAUAUCAUGGGUACUAAAGGACUAUGCCAAGCAACAUUUUGAUAACAGGA